AUGGCGGCUGUGAACGGUGGGGUGUCGAGGAGGAGGCAGAGGAGCAGCAGCUUGAGAGACUCUCCUGAGGAGGAUGGAGGGAUGGAGUUGGCGGAGACGACGAGGCUCCGGGAUCGAGGGAGCAAGAAGGAUCGGGAUCGGGAUAGAUCUAGCCGGUCCAAGAGGAGGAGAGGCGAGCGGAUGCUGCACGGGAACAACAGAGACGAAGGGGAUGAUAGCUCCGAAGAGAGCGUCGACGAGGAGGAGGAGGACGAGGAGGACGACGUGUCCGUGGCCGUCCGGCUGCCGCCGCCGGCUCCUCCUCCGCCGAAUCCGGCUUCCUCGUUCUCUUCCCUACCUCAGAGCAACCACCAUCACAACCACCAGCAGCAGAACCGGAAGAGUUUUCCAACCAAGGUCUCGACGAGGACUCCGCCGGUCUGGAAGCCAGACGAGAUGAUCGGAUUCUCGGUGCCGAGAAAAGCCCGGUCAGCUUCUACGAAAAGGUCACAUGAAUGUUGGGUUUCAGGUGGCUCUGGAAGUGGAGAGCAGGUUCCACGGCAAGCUCCGGCCUCUCCGUCGAGGCUUAGCCCUGCCUCUACCACCCAGAUCUCACCCUCCUCCAACGCCACCGCUCGCAAGAAGAUGAAACCGAUGAGUGGACCCAAGCACCGGCCACCGAAGGUCUCCAAGUCGCCGUCUUUGAUCGAGGAGGAUAUCGAGAUCGAGGUCGCUGAGGUGUUGUUUGGGAUGACGAGGCAAUUCCAAUGCCCGCCGAAGCAGGAGAACUCCAAGAUUGAUUCCAAGGAAAUGAAUGGCAGUGCGGGCAACGAAUCUAAGUCGAGAGUCUCCUCACCAAACGCGAUCUCUCCUCCUCCCCCAGUAUCCCAGACAUCUGUUCUUCCUCCCUCGAAUUCUACCUCUAAUCCCAGUUCCUUGUCUGCUAUUGCUCCGAAGAGGAAACGGCCAAGGCCUGUUAAAUUUGAGGAUGAAAGCCCUACGAGUCCUGUUGGCCUAGACGCUCCUCCAAGCACAUCUGUGUCUUCUUCAGCUAAGUUGGAAUCUGAGCAACCGGGGAAGACCGAGGCUUCGUCGCCCAGAUCAGAGAAGAACACUGCUUCUCCUGCCAUCGAGAACGGUGGCGGUUCAAUUGAUGUCUCUGUCCCUCAGGUGGCUGCGACCGCUUUGGAUGUACAGCAAGAAUCGGCAAAGACGGAGAACAAUUCAGUUCCUGAUGCGAAGCUCUUGAAGGGAGAACUGAAUGGCCAGAAUCGGACAGAGAGCCGUAAAGAAGCUGCUUCACCUGCAAAGGAGACUUCCUGUGCCGAUUUGGAUGUCAAUCAUGUUGAAGAAACUGCAGCAAAGAGAUCUCCAACGGCUGACAGCGUUCGGGAAGAGAAGUUUAAUAUUGAUCUUAUGGUUCCUCCUCCAGAAAGGGAUGAAUUGUGUGAUUUCGAUGCAUAUCUCAAGUCGCAAGUUCCAGAGAUUGACAUGGUGUCAAAAAUAAGCAGGGAGAAGAAGGAAGAAGGAAAGGCGGUGGAGAGAACAACCCAAACAGAUGAAAUUCCUGCGGACGACCGGAAGGUUGAGAAAUCCACCAAGGAGGAAUCCAAUUCAAAUUCAAAGAAGCAGAUGGGUAAGGAGAGGACUUUUGACCUGCAACUUGAUUUGGAGAAGCCAGAUAAGGACAGCCUUGAUGGUGGCAGGCUGCCGUUCCAGAAGCAGCAACCAAAAGUCCCUAAAUCAGAGCCUGAACCAGAGAGGACUGCAUCAUCUGCUUCCGUGCCUAUGCCGAUGGCUGUCGCAGGCUGGCCUGGAAGCUUUCCAUCUUUCGGGUAUAUGGGUCAAGUCCCCUCUCUGCAAGCAGCCGUUCCAAUGGAUGGAACGCCAGGGUCUUCUAGUAUCUUGCAGCCUCCUAGCUUCCUUUCGCCGCAGCCCCGCCCAAAGCGCUGUGCUACACACUGCUACAUUGCACAGAACAUAUCCUACCAUCUGCGACUUGCAAAGAUUAAUCCUUUUUGGCCUGCAGCAGCCGGCAGCACGCCACCUAUCUACGGGGUCAAGCCAUACAAUCUCAAUGCUGUGCCACCGGCAGAUGCAUUCGCCGGCGGCUUCCCGGGAAGGAAUGCGAGCUCCUUUCAAGACAAUAAGAGGGCGGCUGCAUCAGUGUCUGCGCUCUCCGUGCCUCCCUCAAAGGAGAUGAUGCCAUCGGCCAAACAUAGUACCGCAGAAGCUCCCCAGAGGAAGCAGCAAGGCCACCAGCAGCCACCGCAGCCUGGAUCGGCAGCCAAUUCUCUACCUGGCCCUGCAUUCGUUUUCCCUCUCAACCAGCAGCAGGCUGCUGCAGCUGCCGUGGCCGCUGCUGCCACCCGAUCUGGUGUGUCAAAAUCUACUCCAGGGCCGCCGUCUUCUGGUGCCUCUUCUUCAGCAGUGAUGGGCUCGGCAACUGGCGGACCGGCAGCACCCAUGAGCUUAAGCUUUGCGAGCUUGCCCCCAAAUGAGACGCAGUACCUGGCUAUAUUACAGAACAAUGCGUACCCUUUUCCUAUUCCUGCUCAUGUUGCAGGAGCUCCACCUUAUAGAGGAGCAAGUCCUGGCCAAGCAAUGCCCUUCUUCUACCCUUCCCAGGUGCUCCACCCGUCGCAACUCCAACAGCAGGGACUGCAACAACCUCCCCAUGCCCAACAAGGCCGCCAGAAUACGAGCACAUCGAGUGGAUCAUCAUCCUCCCAGAAGCACCUGCAGCAGCCACAGCAGGCUUUGGGAGGUGGAGCCAGUGGUGGCGGGAAUUCACUUGGUUUUCCAGCCACAAACCAGAGGCAGCACCUGCUCCCCCACCAGGCUCGGCAGCAGGAGUCUGAUAAGGGAUUGGAAGACAGCCCCUCCACCGCGGAUAGUAGGGUUUCUCAAGCACAGAAGAGCAUCUACAGCCACAGCUUUGCAAUGCCGAUUUAUUCUCAGAAUUUUGCCUUGAUGUCUAAUGCCAGCACCGCUGGUGCAUUGGGCACUGUUGGGGGACACAGUGACAAGCAAUCUUUGCAUCAUCAUCAGCAGCAACCACUACAGAACCAGACAUCGUCCCAAGCUUUUCCAAUGCCCUUUGCAUUUAGUGGGGCUGGAGCAGCUCCACCGGGCCUUGACUUCCCUUCCAUGGCACAAAAACAUGCCCUUUUUCAGAGCUUCCCAGAGCAAGCGAGGCAUGGAUACCACCACUUCGCCACAGCUGCUGACCAAGCAGCGCAGCAGAAAAAGGCCAUGGAAGAUGGGAAGCCUGCUGCGGACUUGAUGAAUGCAAGUGCUGCGCCUGAAGAGGAGAGGAAGAUGAUGGCCGGCAGCAAAGCUCCAGCUAGUGGUUCACAGCAUUGCCUUAACUUCUCCAAACCAGAUAGCGAGCCUCCCAUUUCUUCUAUCAUUGGCAACAGUGUCAUUGAGAGCUCAUCUCGAACACUGAAUCUCAUUCCAGCUGCUUCAAAUGCUGGUCGAACUGCAAACCGGUCCGGUGGUGCCGCUCCCUUGACCACAUUGGCUGCCACGGCUUCGGUCAACCUUUCCAAUUCCCAGCAACAGCAACAGCUGCAGCAGCAGCUAUUUCUGCUUCAAAGGCAGCAGCAGCUUCAGAAUCUGCACCAGCAGCAGCAGCAGCGACAUCUUGCAUCAACCCAUGUGAAGUCCUCUACAUCAAGCAACGGUGCAAGUGUUUACUCCGAUCGUCUCCCUGGAGGCUCUACCAAGUACCCACAAACUCUUCCCAAUUUCCCUCAAUCUCUCAUCCAAGGAGGCAGCCCCACCCAGUCACCGCAAUGGAAGGCCUCCGCUGCGAGAUCCGGCACGCCUGCCCCCGCCCCUGCCCCUUCUCCUGCCCAGUCGGUAGUGAAGAACAACCAUCUCCUUCAGCAACAACCUAGUAGUAGAGCGUCCCAGCAGCAUCUUCCCGCCGCAGGCCACCAAACUCAGGUAUCUUUUGGUGUGAACUCGAUGAAAACGGUAUCCACUGGAGGACAGCACCACUCCGGGGCAACCGGCAAUCCAUCUCCAUCUCCAUCUGCCACUCCCAUGGCUGUUGGCUCCCCCUCAAAUUCACUUUCUAAGACCGCCGGCGGCAGUCCCCGGGCUUCGGCAAGCGCAAAACCCGGUCAGCCAGCAACCGCAGUGCCUCUUCCCCCACAAUCAUCUGCCAAGAGUUCUGCGUCGAGUUCAAGCUGCAAGUCAUCGCCGGCAAGGAAUCAAAACGUUCCAUCGAUUCUGGGCCAUCCCCACAUUACUUCUGCCCCUAGCUCUGGUUCUAAACCCCACCAGACGCAGCAGCAGCCUCAGCAGUUCGCUAGACCGCAUCCAUUCCCUAAUGCUCCGCUCAUGUUUUCCAACGUCUACCCGCUGCUUCAAGCACGGUCUCCUCAAGCCAACGCUGCCGCGGCUGCAGCUGCUGCUGCCGGGUACUACCAGAGACACCCAUCUGAACAACAGCUACCACAACAGUCUCAGCAGCAGCAUCAACACCAGCCAAACGCGUCAGCAGCCUCCACCGGGAUGCUUGCCCUCGGCGGCCCUUCUGCUCUAAUGAUGGCUGGUGCCUCCACGACAAACGACCCUGCAAAGGCUGGGGGAGCUGCCGCUGCAAGCAACAUGAAGGGAUUUUCCCCUCCAGGCGUUAUGCAUGCUGCGCAGCUUGCUGCGGCUGCCCAGUCUGCUGCUGGCGCUCCCCACCAUAUUAUCCCCGGCUCAUUCCCUUAUAUGAUGCCGCCGGUCCCCGUGAAGCCUGCAGCUGAUCAGAAGCCUGCAGCUGCCUGAGAAGAGAUGAUGGAGCUGACGCUGCUGCUGAGGCCGAAUGGGACCCACCGAUGCCCAGGCACGCCAUCGGGGGGCCAUCUUCUUUCUUGUUUGGGUCCAGCGGUGCAAGGGGGAUGCUUGGUAGGCUUUUGCGUCCGCCAUUUCGGAAUGAUGAAAGAGGCCGUUGAAACUUCGCCUCGGCGUUUACACAGGUGAAGAGUUUGCAGGAAAGGAAGUUGGUGGUCGGCCAUAGUCGGGGGACGGACGGGCUUCUUGGUCUGGGUAAUGCCUUGGUUUUCGAUCCUUCUCUGCUGCCGUGAGCCGAAAAAGAAUACGGGGCUGAGACCCAGAGGAGGGGGGUAGCGGGCGAGAUAAGGACAAGCACCGAAGAAGACUUCGAAACAACGGCAUCGAUGUGUGUAGAAUUUCCUCCUAUCUCAAUUUUGUAUUUGGUGCUCUGAUGCCUGCUGCCAUCGUUUCCGCGCCUCUCUUUUUCCUUUUAAAUUUAUUCUAACUUCAUAUCAAAAAGAGAAGAAUGACAGUGAUUAUUUUAGAUUAUUUUCUUCUUGAUGAUUGCCUGAACUCAAGCAGGUGCACCCAACAUUUGGUUUGAUCGUUCAUACUAAGAUCAAGUUGGGUGCCCGAUUUUAAAACUGGGCAGCCCAACAUUGGAAGCUAGAAACUGUGUGACAGCAUGGUUGGCUCUACUGUCGGAAAUGUAGUGAAAUUUGUUGGUGAGGUUGGAGUAUCUGAACACAAUCGCAAGUCUCGAAUUCUCUGAAUGUAGUGUAUCCAUGGAUUGAUGUUGGUUUA